CCAACUAACCUCCUUCACGGCGCAUUUACGCUUGGGCAUGGCCGGUGUAACCGUGCAAGCAUCGUAGUGCCAUCGAUCGCUGCUGUAAGUUUGUAACAUGUGCGUGUCCUGCGGAGAGUUGUGUGCCGUUGUGCAUGGAAUGGAAGGCAAAGCAUAACAUGGGAGCUUUUCAUAUAAAGGCCACCAGCACGCGGGCUGCCACUUCAAGCUUCAGCUCGUGAUCCCAUCAGAUCAGCAAGCAGUCGCGAAAUGGUGCCGAUGGCUAAGGCUCUCGCGGUCGUGUCCGCUUUCUGCCUUCUUGUGGCGCCGGCCGCCGCGGCGCGUAGCCUCGUCGACGUCAUCGGCGGGGCGUUCGGUGGCCGGAAGGACUACUACACGCCCGGUCCUACUGGCCAGCACCACUCUUCUAGUCCCAGUCAUUCGCACAAGGCUCCGCCCUGCGCGCCGACGCCGCCACAGGGAGGUGGUGGAGGCUACAACCCACCCUCGCCGUCCAUUGGAACCUCUCCGACAACGCCGGGAGGAGGUGGAGGCUACACGCCGACGCCGAGCGACACGCCACCCUCUCCGUCCAGUGACACCUCGCCGAGCACUCCGGGUGGCGGCUGCUCGUCCUCACCCACGCCGUGCGACGCACCGCCCUCACCGUCCAGUGACACGUCCCCGACAACGCCGGGGGGAGGUGGAGGCUACUCGCCGACACCGAGUGACACUCCGCCCUCGCCGUCCAGUGACACCUCUCCGACAACGCCGGGUGGAGGUGGAGGCUACACGCCGACGCCGAGCGACGCGCCGCCCUCGCCUUCUAGUGACACCUCUCCGACAACGCCAGGUGGAGGUGGAGGCUACACGCCGACGCCGAGCGACGCGCCGCCUUCGCCGUCCAGUGACACCUCUCCGACAACGCCGGGUGGAGGUGGAGGCUACACGCCGACGCCGAGCGACACGCCGCCCUCGCCGUCCAGUGGCAGCUCCCCGACAACGCCGGGUGGAGGUGGAGGCUACACGCCGACACCGAGCGACACGCCGCCCUCGCCGUCCAGUGGCAGCUCUCGCACUACACCGGGUGGAUGCUCCACUCCCACGCCGUGCGGCACGCCGCCCGCGCCGUCGAGUGGCACCUCUCCGACCACACCGGGUGGAAGCUACUACCCGCCCACGCCGUCCAUUGGCGACGUGCCACCCUCGCCGUCCAGCGACACCUCUCCGACCACACCGGGCGGAGGCUCCCCGUCCACGCCAUGCGACACGCCGCCCUCGCCGUCCAGUGGCACGUCCCCGACCACGCCAGGUGGAGGCUACUACCCGCCCACGCCAUCCGUCGGCGACGUGCCUCCCUCGCCGGCCAGUGGCACCUCCCCAUCCACGCCAGGUAGUGGAGGCUACUCUCCGUCCACGCCAUGCAGUGCGCCGCCGUCGCCUUCAAGUGGCACCUCCCCAACCACGCCGGGUGGAGGCUAUUCUCCUUCCACGCCGUGCAAUGCGCCGCCCUCCCCUUCAAGUGACACCUCCCCGACAACACCUGGUGGCGGCAACUACCCGCCCGCGCCCACCAUUGGCAACGUCCCGCCAUCGCCAUCCAGCGGCACCUCCCCGAGCACACCGGGUGGUGGCUGCUCAUCCUCACCCACGCCAUGCGACGCGCCGCCCUCGCCAUCCAGUGACACUUCCCCGACAACACCGGGUGGAGGGUACUACCCGCCCACGCCGUCCAUCGGCACCUCGCCAUCCACACCGGGCACCGGCGGAGGCUACUACCCUCCCUCCCCUUCCACCGGCGGCUACACGCCGACUCCGGACGUUCCGAUCAGCACCCCGUCGAGCCCCUACUCCCCGCUGGUGCCCACGCCGCCGUCGAGCACCACCCCGAUGCCCUUCGACCCCAACACGGCACCCUUCCCGUGCUCGUACGUUACUUCGUCAACCUUAGCGCCGCGCAUAUCCACACAUACUGGCUGUCGCACCCGGGCGUGAUAUGGGGCCUGUUCGGGUUCUGGUGCCCGAUGGCGCGGCUGUUCGGGCCGACCGCCGCGGCGCCGUUCGGACACGACCUGACCGUGCCGGAGGCGCUGGCGAACACGCGCGCCGACGGCGUGGGCGAGCUCUACCGCGAGGGCACGGCGUCGCUUCUCAACUCCAUGGUGAACAGCAGGUUCCCCUUCACCACGCAGCAGGUGAAGGACGCGUUCAGCGCCGCGCUCAGCUCAGGAGGCGACCACGCCGCCGCGGCUCAGGCGCAGCUCUUCAAGAAGGCCAACGAAGGCCACGUCAUGCGUUAGGCUAGGCGGCCUCUCGAUCCUCUGUACUUGAACGUACUCGCCACGUGAGGCGGAUUCGAUGCGAUGUACACGCGAGCAUGCGUGCAGGUUCAUGUCGGGGUGGGGUUUGGAGUAAUCCGGCGUGUUUGCAACUUUGCAUUAUGUUUGAUCUAGAGCGGAUGGCCUCUGGAAUAACUAUAGGAGAGUUAAGUACGUAUGUUUUGUUAUCCUUUUAGAGUCCAUGGCCGCACGGAAUGACUACAGGAGUGUUCUCUGUGGCCUUUUAAUUCAGUAUGUACUUGUGGCGUUAAGCAUCAGACGUGUUCUAGUAUUUCUAGUUCUAUGAACUACUGGCAUCUUUCAAUUUA